AUGAAGGUUCGCUUCCACAUGCCAGGCUGCGGACAGCACAGUCCCCUCCGCCGCCGGGAGAGACCCGGCACCUUCCACACACAGUACUAUUACGAGGCUGGCUGCUGCCCGUACGGUUACUGCAACUCCUGGUCCUCCCCGGCCCCAGGACUGCGCCCAGUCCCAGACACUGCUGUUGUGCCAGCCCUGAGCCUCUCCCUGGCCCUGGCUGCCCUCCGUGCUCACGGGGGCUCUGAGGGCCCGGACCCUCUCACGCCCCUGGAGCUGGGCUUGUCCCUUGCCCACCUGCAACAAAUAUACCUGUUCCUCAAUAGUUCGGGACUUCUAGAAUUAGAAGUUCCCCAGGCUAGACCCUGA